AUGAGUGAGAAUCAAAAAAAUCAAAACGGUGAAGUAAAGCAAGAGAAGCCUGAUUCAAACCAUGGCGGCAAUAGUGGUGGAUCGCAGGAAACCACUCGGCAGGAUAGCAUCGAACGGAUCAUGCUGCGCAAGCAGAAGGUGUACCAGCUACCAAGGAAUCAAAAGCUUACGAAGCUUUCGAUGUACUCUUCUUGCCAAGCAAAUGAAUGCCGCUGUAGUGGUUGGAAAACACCGGAAGAAAAUCGCCACAAAGACGUCGAGGUGGAUUAUUGUCCAGAUUUCGCGGAAGAGUGCCGAAAUCCGAACUGCAAACAUAGCCUAGAGACACACAUUCAACACUUGGGAGAUAUCACCGAGGAACAGAUGAACGAGCUGCUGGGUGCUAUAGUUGACGUGGAAAAUUUGUACAUGAGUAUGCUCCGUGAGUCGGAUACUGAUACGAAGAAGGUUUACGCUUAUCUGUUCCGUUUGCUGCGGCAAUGCAUUCUGACCCGAACGCAAGCAGUUAUAAGAGGCCCAUUAGGAGAUCCUCCAUUUGAACAGCCGUCGAUUUCAAAAGCUGUGACCAACUUCGUACUUCACAAAUAUGGCCAUCUACAUCAAGCUGAACUGGAUUCGAUGACAGAUGUCGCCAAAACGUUUCUCCAUUGUCUGAAUCAUUGGAAUUUUGAAGCUCCGAGCGCACGGCAAGAUUUAGUUAAUCAAGAAGACGUUUCGAAUUAUAAGAUCAACUACACACGUUGGUUGGUGUUCUGCCAUGUACCGGCGUUCUGUAGUUCACUUCGCCACUUUGAAACGUCAAUCGUUUUCGGUCGUACACUGUUGAAGGCCGUCUAUCAGUACGUCUACCAGCAGCUGCUGAUGCGUUGUAAAAUUGAGCGUGACCGUAUGCCUCCGGAAAAGCGAAUCAUGCUGACACAGUUACCCAAAUUCCUCGAGGCACUCAAACAGGAGGUGGUGAAUGAAGAUUCUCCCAUCUGGUCUCCGAACUUCAAACCCGCAGCAUCACUCUUGCUGCACAAAACCAAACGCCAGCAUGAAGGAACAUCAUCUUUGGUUGGAACUGGUAAGAAGCUGGGUGAAGCAAAACGCUACAAAAAGGAAUCGGACUGUGAAGAUCUUUCCGAUGAAGUGGUGGCCCGGGCGUUGAAGCGCAUCAACGACUCGAACUACUCCAGCCGGGCCGAGGUUGUUUUUCCACCAAAUGCGCCACGUGAUGAAGCAGCUAAGGCGGAAGAGAAUAGACGAGAAAUCGAGUUUCACGUUGUUGGAAAUUCACUUACCAAGGCUGUGACGAAGCAAUCGAUGCUCUGGUUACUUGGAUUGCACAGCGUUUUCGCUCAUCAGUUGCCUGGAAUGCCCAGAGAGUACAUCAGCCAACUAGUGUUCGAUCCGAAACACAAAACACUGGCCUUGAUAAAAGAGGGUCGUCCGAUAGGAGGGAUCUGCUUCCGGACAUUCAUAUCGCAAGGCUUUACAGAAAUCGUUUUCUGUGCUGUUACUAGCAGCGAACAGGUUAAGGGAUAUGGCACCCAUCUUAUGAAUCAUCUGAAAGAUUAUAGUACUCAACGGGGUAUAAAACAUUUUCUCACGUACGCCGACGAGUUUGCGAUCGGAUACUUCAAGAAGCAGGGGUUUUCCAAAGACAUAAAAGUAGCACGUCAUGUGUAUGCUGGAUUUAUCAAAGAGUAUGAAGGUGCGACGCUUAUGCACUGUGAGCUCCAUCCCAGCUUGAUCUACACACAGUUCAGUUCGGUUAUACGAAAGCAAAAAGAGAUCGUGAAGGAACUCAUUACCCAGCGUCAGCAAGAAGUACAAAAAGUCCAUCCAGGGCUGUCCUGUUUCAAGGAAGGUGUCCGAAGUAUACCGAUAGAAUCGAUACCCGGUCUGCGGGAAGUAGGAUGGCGUCCGACCUUCCGAGCUCAGCGAACUGCUCGCCCACUAGAGGAAUCGGCUGACCCGGAUAAACUAGCCAAUUCGCUGAGUGGAGUGUUACUUGCCGUUCGGCAGCAUACAGCUGCGUGGCCUUUCUUGAAACCGGUCAACCAGGUGGAAGUACCAGACUAUUAUGAUCACAUUAAAUAUCCGAUGGAUCUCAAAACCAUGACGGAACGGUUGAAAAACAAAUAUUACGUCACCAGACGGUUGUUCAUGGCUGACAUGGCCCGAAUUUUUACCAAUUGUCGACUCUACAACUCACCAGAAACGGAAUACUAUCGCUGUGCCAACACUCUCGAACGGUACUUUCAAACUAAAAUGAAAGAAAUCGGUCUUUGGGAUAAAUGA